UGUACUCGUUCUUGCUGAGGCCGGCCUGCCACUCCUCCUGCUAUGAUGCCUGGGCAGAUCCCGGACCCUUCGGUGACCGCAGGCUCUCUGCCAGGGCUCGGCCCCCUCACCGGACUUCCCAGCUCUGCUCUGACCACAGAGGAGCUGAAAUACGCUGACAUCCGCAACAUUGGGGCCAUGAUUGCGCCCUUGCACUUCCUGGAGGUGAAACUGGGCAAGAGGCCCCAACCUGUGAAGAGUGAGCUAGAUGAGGAAGAAGAGAGAAGGAAAAGGCGCAGAGAGAAGAACAAAGUUGCCGCUGCCAGAUGCCGGAACAAGAAGAAGGAGCGGACGGAGUUUCUGCAGAGGGAGUCAGAGCGGCUGGAGCUCAUGAACGCAGAGCUGAAGACCCAGAUAGAGGAGCUGAAGCUGGAGCGGCAACAGCUCAUCCUGAUGCUCAACCGCCACCGCCCCACCUGCAUCGUGCGCACGGACAGCGUCAGGACGCCCGAGUCCGAAGGCAACCCGCUGCUGGAGCAGCUGGACAAGAAGUGACUGCAGGCCUGGAGGAGGCGUCAGAGGAGGAGGGGAGGGGGGCGGAGCAAAAGGAGAAGAGGAGUGAGGUGAUGGAGGCCCCCUCCGGGGCGCACGACAAACUCUUACGAAGAGGCUUAGUAUAACUGGCCUCCAGCUGGCCCUUUUCUGAAACUCAGCCCAGACGCGCGCAAGAGCAAGAGUGGACUGAAGAAACCAGAGGGACCAAGCGAUGAGACCAAAGUUGACCCGCAGGUAAGGGCUGUCCCACUCCAAGGCUCAGCUUGAUGGCCACCUCAGCCAGGGAGAUGCCCAACCAGGUGGCCUCCUCAGGCACUCCUCUGGCCUCUCUGCCAAGACUCCCACCCCAGGGACGACCGAGCAGCCAAGAAAAGCCAUGCGUCACAAACACAGUGUGGCCGAGGACGGAACUCAGCGUGGACUCCAGUCCAUCUUCCCCAGUCCUGCCCAAGACCGAUGGAAAGGGGUGCACUGUGUGGGCUGUGGUGGCCCUGCCCAGGUGGCACAGCCUGGUGGCCCUGCUGGAGUCUGCUGUGGCACUGAGGCGCGGGCGCCCUUCCAAAGCACACACUCAAUCGAUGAAUGUUUACAGACCGGCUGUCCUGGCGGGGCUUCCAACUGCACAUGUUUUUUUUUUAUACUUUCUUUUUUUUUUUUUUUUUAAUAUUUUUUACAAAAAAAAGAAGAUUUUAUACGAGCAAUAUAUAUAUGGAUUUCUAUAAUCACUUGAUGUGACACAGUACACAUAUGCUAUGAUCUGUUGUUACGGACAUCCACCCACCAGUUACAGCCAUUCUAAUCCUAAGUACUGUAGGCUCUGGGUGUUGGGGGGGUGGUGGUCCGGCGGGUGGGGUGCAUUUCCAUCCUUGUAAACCCUUCCUAGUACUCAGUCCUGUAUCGCUCAGUAAACAUUGCUCUUAAUUACCCAGCUGCCUCCAGUGGUGUCUGCCCAGGGAGAGGGCAUGCCCAGGGCAGGAGGUGUUUGGAGUAGUUUCCAUAGCUGCCCUCCCAGGUAAGCCUGAAUAUGCCCAUUUCACAGAUGAGGAGGACAAGGCCUAGAGAUGUUAAAGAACUCUGUACAUACCA